CCCAGGGCACCAUUAAGUCACGACUCUAUUCUGCAGGACUUGUCAGGGCCAGCAAAUUCACUGAACAUUAGUGACUCCGAGCAGCACCAGAAUUGUGUGUCUCUUCCUGGAGAAGCAAAUGCCUCUGGACAGAACUCUAGACGAAAGUCAGCUCUCAGGAGAAAGGAGAUUGAAGCGAGGAGCUAUAACCUGAGAGAAAGAACGGACCGUUCAUACGAAGAGGUCAGCGAGCCUCAGAAUGAUGACUAUCUCUAUUGUGAGAUGUGUCAGGACUACUUCAUUGACCGCUGUGAUGUUCAUGGGCCCCCUACAUUUGUAAAGGACAUUGCAGUGGAUAAGGGGCAUCCCAACCGCGCAGCCCUGACCCUGCCCCCUGGGCUGAGUAUUAGACAAUCGGGCAUCCCUCAGGCUGGAGAUGGAGUAUGGAAUGAGGCAUGUGAGCUGCCACUGGGGCUGCACUUUGGCCCUUAUGAGGGCCAGGUCUUAGAAGAUGAAGAGGCAGCCAGAAGUGGAUACGCCUGGAAGAUCACAAAGGGGAGAAACUGCUAUGAGUAUGUGGAUGGGAAGGAUCAAUCUCAGGGCAACUGGAUGAGGUAUGUGAACUGUGCCCGGGAUGACGAGGAGCAGAACCUGGUGGCCUUCCAAUACCACAGCCAGAUCUUCUAUCGGACCUGCCGGGUCAUCAGGCCAGGCUGUGAACUGCUGGUCUGGUAUGGGACCGAGUAUGGCAAGAAACUGGGCAUUAUGUGGACCAGCAAGCGGAAGAAAGAACUCACAGGUCAGGAUCCAAAGCCAGAGAAUCAUCCAUGUCCAUCAUGCUCUCUGGCCUUCUCCAGUCAGAAAUCCCUCAGUCAACAUGUAGAAGGCACCCACUCCUCUCAGAUCUUUCCAGGAACAUCUGUAAGAAAGCACUGCAGACCAGAGCACCUCUACCCCGGCGAUCAGAAUCAGGAGCAGCAACUUUCUGAUCCACAUGACCAGAAUGACAAAACCAAAGGCCAAGAAAUGAACGAAAUCUCAAAAACCUCUCAGGAAAAGACACAACAGAGCAGCAUUUCAGGGAUAUCUUCCCACACACCUGAAGGACAAAUGGGGAACUCUAGGGACAGUGAGAGAAUGGUAGAACCAGGCCAGAACAUGGGUCCAGGGGAAACCGGCAAAUUAUGUGUGAAGGUAGAGAUCUCAAGAAUUGUAAAAGUUGCGAAUGGACAGUGUGGGCAAGAAUUCAGCCAAACAUCAAACCUCCACACACAUCAGAGGACACACACAGGGGAGAAGCCCUAUGUUUGCAGCCAGUGUGGGCAUGGAUUUAGCCAAAAGUCAAACUUCCUCACACACCAGAAGACACACACAGGGGAGAAGGCCUGUGUCUGCAGGGAGUGUGGGAAAGGAUUUAGCCGUAAGGCGACCCUCCUCAUACACCAGAGGACACACAAGGGAGAAGCCCUAUGUCUAUAG